UUCUGGUUCUUCUGUUCUCUCUGCUUCUAUACGUAUUCGAUCUCAUCAGUCAAUUUAGUGUAGCGACUAGCGAGUGGAUCUUCGAUUGGUCGAGUAGUGAGAUGAGGAUGACGGCGAUGGAGAUGACUGGGGUCGCCAAGCUGCUGCUUCUUCUUCUUGUCCUUCUCGUCCUCGUCGUUGCCGGCGGCUGCGUGCAGGCGGCGGACGGCGAGCAGAUGAGCGGCGGCCACCGGAGGAGCAGGCGGCGGCGUGCGGCGGACGUGAUGGUGCCCAUCACCAUCCUCAGCUCCGCCGUCGACAAGGGAGCCGUGUGCAUGGAUGGGACGCCGCCGGCGUACCACCUGGACCCGGGCUCCGGCGCCGGCAAUAGGAGCUGGGUCGUCAACCUGGAGGGCGGCGGGUGGUGCAACAACGCGAGGACGUGCCGGUUCCGCACCGGCAGCCGCCACGGCUCCUCCGACCACAUGGAGCGCCGCAUCCCCUUCACCGGCGUCAUGAGCGCCGCCCCCGCCGACAACCCCGACUUCCACAGCUGGAACCGCGUCAAGAUCCGCUACUGCGACAGCGGGUCCUUCGCCGGCGACGCUUUCAGCCAGGAAUCGGGGCUCCAGUUCCGGGGGCAGCGCAUCUGGGGGGCGACGAUCCAGCACCUCCUCGACGUCGGCAUGGCCUCCGCCGAGCAGGUGCUGCUCACAGGCUGCUCGGCCGGUGGCCUGGCCGCGAUUCUCCACUGCGACCAGCUCCGCGCCCUCCUCCCCGCCGCCGCCACCCUCAAGUGCCUCUCCGACGGGGGCCUCUUCCUCGACGCCGUGGACGUCGCCGGCGGGAGGAGCCUGAGGUCCUACUACGGCGGCGUCGUCGGCAUGCAGGCGGUGGCUCCCAACCUGCCCAAGGCUUGCACUGACCAUCUCGACGCCACCUCGUGCUUCUUCCCUCAAAACAUAAUCAACAGCGUCAAGACUCCCAUCUUCCUGCUGAAUGCGGCGUACGAUGUCUGGCAGAUCGAACAGAGCCUGGCCCCAAAUGCGGCUGACCCCGCCGGCGUCUGGCGUGCCUGCAAGUUCAACCGCUCAUCCUGCAACGCGUCUCAGAUGCAAUUCCUACAAGGUUUCAGGGACCAGAUGGUGGCAGCGGUGAGAGCCUUCUCGGAGUCGAGGAGCAACGGGGUGUUCAUCAACUCGUGCUUCGCCCACUGCCAGUCGGAGCUGACGGCCACCUGGAAUGGCGCGCCGCCGGGUGGCUCCCCUGCUCUCCAGAACAAGGGGAUUGCGAAGUCUGUUGGCGAUUGGUAUUUUGGUCGAGCCGAGGUGAAGGCGAUCGAUUGCCCCUACCCCUGCGACAACACAUGCCACCACAUCAUUUGAUUGACAAACCUGCAGUGGUGUAUACUCGUCUCUAGUGAACGGAGUGAGUGACACAGAAAUUCUUCUUGCCU